GCGAUGCCGAGCUGCGAGGCGGGCGGCCGGGCCGGCGGGGCGCGCAGAGGAGCUGGCCGCGGCGCGGAGGCGGUCGGGGCGCGGCCCCGCCAUGGGCUUCCUGCACCAGCUGCAGCUGCUGCUCUGGAAGAACGUGACGCUGAAACGCCGGAGCCCGUGGGUCUUGGCCUUCGAGAUCUUCAUCCCCCUGGUCCUCUUCUUCAUCCUGCUGGGGCUUCGGCAGAAGAAGCCCACCAUCUCUGUGAAGGAAGUCUCCUUCUACACCGCGGCACCCCUCACCUCCGCCGGGAUCCUGCCCGUCAUGCAGUCGCUGUGCCCCGACGGCCAGCGGGACGAGCUCGGCUUCCUGCAGUACGCCAACUCCACGGUCACCCAGCUGCUGGACCGCCUGGACCGCGUGGUGCAGGAGGGCAACCUGUUCGACCCAGAGCGGCCCAGCCUGGGCUCGGAGCUGGAGGCCCUGCGCCAGCACCUGGAGGCCCUCAGCUCGGGCCCCGACACCUGGGACCGCCGCGCGGACAGGCCUGCAGCCUCCUCCUUCUCUCUGGAUUCGGUGGCCAGGGACCCAAGGGAGCUGUGGCGUUUCCUGACACAGAACCUGUCGCUGCCUAACAGCACGGCCCAGGCCCUGCUGGCUGCCCAGGUGGACGUGCCCGAGGUCUAUCACCUGCUCUUCGGCCCCUCGCCUACCCUGGACAUGGAGUCAGGCCUCCCCAGGGGUCAGCAACCCUGGGGCCCCCCACGUACCAGUUCCCUCUUUCGGUUGGAGGAGCUGCUGAUGGCCCCCACCCUCCUAGAGCAGCUCACGUGCGCACCGGGCCCCGGGGCGCUGGGCCGCAUCCUCUCGGUGCCCCGGGGGCAGCUGCCAGCCCUGCGGGGCUACCGGGAUGCGGUCUGCGGCGGGCAGGCCACCGCCCGCGCCCGGCGCUUUUCUGGGCUGGCGGCGGAGCUCCAGAACCAGCUGGACGUGGCCAAGAUCGCCCAGCAGCUGGGCCUGGACACCCCCAACGGAUCGGUGCCCCAGCCACAGCCGCCACCCCCGCGGCGGCUGCAGGCCCUGCUGGAGGACCUGCUGGACGCCCAGAAGGCUCUGCGGGACGUGGACGUCCUGUCGGCCCUGGCCCUGCUGCUGCCCCAGGGCGCCUGCGCCCACCGGGCUCCCGGAGCCCCGGCCCGCGGUCCCGGCGGGGCGGCCAACAGCACAGGGGGCGGGGCGGGCACGGGCUCCAACGCCACGGCGGAGGAGGGGGCCUCGCCCGCUGCGGCGCCCGCCUCCUCGGACGGCCUGCAGGGCCAGUGCUCCGCCUUCGUGCAGCUCUGGGCCGCCCUACAGCCCAUCCUGUGUGGUAACAACCGCACCAUUGAGCCAGAGGCGCUACGGCGGGGCAACAUGAGCUCCCUGGGCUUCACGAGCAAGGAACAGCGGAACCUGGGCCUCCUGGUGCACCUCAUGACCAGCAACCCCAAGAUCCUGUACGCGCCCGCGGGUUCCGAGGCGGAUCGCGUCAUCCUCAAGGCCAACGAGACCUUUGCCCUUGUAGGCAACGUGACCCACUACGCCCAGGUCUGGCUCAACAUCUCGGCCGAGAUCCGGAGCUUCCUGGAGCAGGGCCGGCUUCAGCAGCACCUGCGCUGGCUGCAGCAGUACGUGGCGGAGCUGCGGCUGCACCCCGAGGCGCUGAACCUGUCGCUGGAGGACCUGCCGCCCGCCCUGCGACAGAGCAACUUCUCCCUGCCCAACGGCUCGGCCCUCCUGCAGCAGCUGGACACCAUCGACAACGCGGCCUGCGGCUGGAUCCAGUUCAUGUCCAAGGUCAGCGUGGACAUUUUCAAGGGCUUCCCGGACGAGGAGAGCAUCGUCAACUACACCCUGAACCAAGCCUACCAGGACAACGUCACCGUGUUCGCCAGCGUGAUCUUCCAGACGCGCAAGGACGGCUCCCUGCCGCCCCACGUCCACUAUAAGAUCCGCCAGAACUCCAGCUUCACCGAGAAAACCAACGAGAUCCGCCGGGCCUACUGGCGGCCCGGGCCCAACACCGGUGGGCGCUUCUACUUCCUUUACGGCUUCGUCUGGAUCCAGGACAUGAUAGAGCGCGCCAUCAUCAACACAUUCGUGGGGCACGACGUGGUGGAGCCGGGCAGCUACGUCCAGAUGUUCCCCUACCCCUGCUACACCCGAGACGACUUCCUGUUCGUCAUCGAGCACAUGAUGCCGCUGUGCAUGGUGAUCUCCUGGGUGUACUCGGUGGCCAUGACCAUCCAGCACAUCGUGGCGGAGAAGGAGCACCGGCUGAAGGAGGUGAUGAAGACCAUGGGCCUGGACAACGCCGUGCACUGGGUGGCCUGGUUCAUCACAGGCUUCGUGCAGCUCUCCAUCUCCGUGACCGCCCUCACCGCCAUCCUCAAGUACGGCCAGGUGCUCAUGCACAGCCACGUGCUCAUCAUCUGGCUCUUCCUGGCUGUCUACGCCGUGGCCACCAUCAUGUUCUGCUUCCUGGUGUCUGUGCUGUACUCCAAGGCCAAGCUGGCCUCGGCCUGCGGCGGCAUCAUCUACUUCCUGAGCUACGUGCCCUACAUGUACGUGGCGAUCCGAGAGGAGGUGGCCCAUGACAAGAUCACCGCCUUCGAGAAGUGCAUCGCGUCCCUGAUGUCCACCACAGCCUUUGGCCUGGGCUCCAAGUACUUCGCCCUGUACGAGGUGGCGGGCGUGGGCAUCCAGUGGCACACGUUCAGCCAGUCGCCUGUGGAGGGGGACGACUUCAACCUGCUCCUGGCCGUCACCAUGCUGAUGGUGGACGCCGUGGUCUACGGCGUGCUCACGUGGUACAUCGAGGCCGUGCACCCAGGCAUGUACGGGCUGCCGCGGCCCUGGUACUUUCCACUGCAGAAGUCCUACUGGCUGGGCAGCGGGCGGGCAGAGGCGUGGGAGUGGAGCUGGCCCUGGGCGCACGCCCCCCGCCUCAGCGUCAUGGAGGAGGACCAGGCCUGUGCCAUGGAGAACCGGCGCUUGGAGGAGACUCGGGGCAUGGAGGAAGAGCCCACCCACUUGCCACUGGUGGUCUGCGUGGACAAGCUCACCAAGAUCUACAAGAACGACAAGAAGCUGGCCCUGAAUAAGCUGAGCCUGAACCUCUACGAGAACCAGGUGGUGUCCUUCCUGGGCCACAACGGGGCCGGCAAGACCACCACCAUGUCUAUCCUCACGGGCCUGUUCCCGCCCACGUCCGGCUCGGCCACCAUCUACGGGCACGACAUCCGGACGGAGAUGGACGAGAUCCGCAAGAACCUGGGCAUGUGCCCCCAGCACAACGUGCUCUUCGACCGGCUCACGGUGGAGGAGCACCUCUGGUUCUACUCGCGGCUGAAGAGCAUGGCGCAGGCGGAGAUCCGCAAGGAGAUGGACAAAAUGAUCGAAGACCUGGAGCUCUCCAACAAGCGGCACUCGCUGGUGCAGACGCUGUCCGGUGGCAUGAAGCGCAAGCUCUCCGUGGCCAUUGCCUUCGUGGGCGGGUCCCGCGCUAUCAUCCUGGACGAGCCCACGGCUGGCGUGGACCCCUACGCGCGCCGCGCCAUCUGGGACCUCAUCCUGAAGUACAAGCCAGGCCGCACCAUCCUCCUGUCCACCCACCACAUGGACGAGGCCGACCUGCUCGGGGACCGCAUCGCCAUCAUCUCCCACGGGAAGCUCAGGUGCUGCGGCUCCCCGCUGUUCCUCAAAGGCGCCUACGGGGACGGCUACCGCCUCACACUGGUCAAGCGUCCUGCCGAGCCCGGCGGCCCCCAAGAGCCCGCGCUGACGUCCAGCCCGCCGGGCCGGGCCCCGCUGAGCAGCUGCUCCGAGCCCCAGGUGUCCCAGUUCAUCCGCAAGCACGUGGCCUCCUGCCUCCUGGUCUCCGACACCAGCACCGAGCUCUCCUACAUCCUGCCCAGUGAGGCCGCCAAGAAGGGGGCCUUCGAGCGCCUCUUCCAGCACCUGGAGUGCAGCCUGGACUCCUUACACCUGAGCAGCUUCGGGCUGAUGGACACCACGCUGGAGGAAGUGUUCCUGAAGGUGUCCGAGGAGGACCAGUCGCUGGAGAACAGCGAGGCGGACAUGAGAGAGUCCGGGAAGGACGCGCUGCCCGGGACGGAGGGCCUGGCCGCGCUGGGCGACGCGCACGCGGGCAACCUGGCCAGGUGCGCGGGGCUGGCCCAGUCCCAGGCGUCCCUGCAGUCUGCGUCCUCCGUGGGCUCUGCGCGCGGGGACGAGGGAGCCGGGUAUGCCGACGUCUGUGGUGACUACCACCCCCUCUUCAACAACCUGCAGGACCCCGACAACGUCAGCUUGCAAGACGCGGAGGCGGAGGCCCUCUCCAGGGCGGGCCAGGGCAGCCGCAAGCUGGAGGGCUGGUGGCUGAAGGUGCGCCAGUUCCACGGGCUCCUGGUGAAGCGCUUCCACUGCGCCCGCCGCAACUCCAAGGCGCUGUCCUCUCAGAUCCUGCUGCCCGCGCUGUUCGUCUGCGUGGCCAUGACGGUGGCCCUCUCCGUCCCCGAGAUCGGCGACCUGCCCCCGCUGGUCCUGUCCCCCUCCCAGUACCACAACUACACCCAGCCCCGCGGCAACUUCAUCCCCUACGCCAACGAGGAGCGGCAGGAGUACCGCUUCCAGCUGUCGCCCGACGCCAGCCCCCAGCAGCUGGUGAGCACGUUCCGGCUGCCGUCGGGCGUGGGUGCCACCUGCGUGCUCAAGUCUCCGGCCAACGGCUCCCUGGGGUCCACGCUGAACCUGAGCAGCGGGGAGUCCCGCCUGCUGGCCGCGCGGUUCUUCGACAGCAUGUGCCUGGAGUCCUUCACGCAGGGGCUGCCCCUGUCCAACUUCGUGCCGCCCCCGCCCUCGCCCGCCCCGUCCGACUCCCCGCCGUCCCAGGACGAGGACCUGCCGCAGGCCUGGAACUCCUCCCUGCAUCCCACCUCCGGGCCAGAGAACUGGACGUCCGCGCCCUCCCUGCCGCGCCUGGUGCGGGAGCCCGUCCGCUGCACCUGCUCCGCACAGGGCACCGGCUUCUCCUGCCCGAGCGGCGUGGGCGGGCACCCGCCCCAGAUGCGGGUGGUCACGGGCGACAUCCUGACCGACAUCACUGGCCACAACGUCUCCGAGUACCUGCUGUUCACCUCCGACCGCUUCCGGCUGCACCGGUACGGGGCCAUCACCUUCGGCAACGUGCAGAAGUCCAUCCCGGCCUCCUUCGGCGCCGGGGCCCCGGCCAUGGUGCGGAAGAUCGCGGUGCGCCGGGCAGCCCAGGUUUUCUACAACAACAAGGGCUACCACAGCAUGCCCACCUACCUUAACAGCCUCAACAACGCCAUCCUGCGUGCCAACCUGCCCAAGAGCAAGGGCCACCCGGCCGCCUACGGCAUCACUGUCACCAACCACCCCAUGAACAAGACCAGCGCCAGCCUCUCCCUGGAUUACCUGCUGCAGGGGACAGACGUGGUCAUCGCCAUCUUCAUCAUCGUGGCCAUGUCCUUCGUGCCGGCCAGCUUCGUGGUCUUCCUGGUGGCCGAGAAGUCCACCAAGGCCAAGCACCUGCAGUUCGUCAGCGGCUGCAACCCCGUCAUCUACUGGCUGGCCAACUACGUGUGGGACAUGCUGAACUACCUGGUCCCGGCCACCUGCUGCGUCAUCAUCCUGUUUGUGUUCGACUUGCCGGCCUACACGUCGCCCACCAACUUCCCUGCGGUGCUCUGUCUGUUCCUGCUCUACGGGUGGUCCAUCACCCCCAUCAUGUACCCGGCCUCCUUCUGGUUCGAGGUCCCCAGCUCGGCCUACGUGUUUCUCAUCGUCAUCAACCUCUUCAUUGGCAUCACGGCCACCGUGGCCACCUUCCUGCUGCAACUCUUCGAGCAUGACAAGGACCUGAAGGUCGUCAACAGUUACCUGAAGAGCUGCUUCCUCAUCUUCCCCAACUACAACCUGGGCCACGGGCUCAUGGAGAUGGCUUACAACGAGUACCUCAACGAGUACUACGCCAAGAUUGGCCAGUUCGACAAGAUGAAGUCCCCGUUCGAGUGGGACAUCGUCACCAGGGGGCUGGUGGCCAUGACCGUGGAGGGCUUCGUGGGCUUCUUCCUCACCAUCAUGGGCCAGUACAACUUCCUGCGGCAGCCACAGCGCAUGCCCGUGUCCACCAAACCCGUGGAGGACGAUGUGGAUGUGGCCAGCGAGCGGCAGCGAGUGCUGCGGGGCGACGCCGACAAUGACAUGGUCAAGAUUGAGAACCUGACCAAGGUGUACAAGUCCCGGAAGAUCGGCAGCAUCCUGGCCGUGGACCGCCUGUGUCUGGGUGUGCGUCCUGGCGAGUGCUUCGGCCUCCUAGGCGUCAAUGGCGCGGGCAAGACCAGCACCUUCAAGAUGCUGACGGGCGACGAGAGCACGACGGGGGGCGAGGCCUUUGUCAACGGGCACAGCGUGCUCAAGGAACUGCUCCAGGUGCAACAAAGCCUGGGGUACUGCCCGCAGUUCGACGCCCUGUUCGACGAGCUCACGGCCCGGGAGCACCUGCAGCUGUACACGCGGCUCCGCGGCAUCCCCUGGAAGGACGAAGCCCGGGUGGUGAAGUGGGCCCUGGAGAAGCUGGAGCUGACCAAGUACGCGGACAAGCCCGCCGGCACCUACAGCGGAGGCAACAAGCGGAAGCUGUCCACGGCCAUUGCCCUCAUCGGGAACCCCGCCUUUAUCUUCCUGGACGAGCCCACCACAGGCAUGGACCCCAAGGCCAGGCGCUUCCUCUGGAACCUCAUCCUGGACCUCAUCAAGACGGGGCGCUCGGUGGUGCUGACGUCGCACAGCAUGGAGGAGUGCGAGGCGCUGUGCACGCGACUAGCCAUCAUGGUGAACGGGCGUCUGCGCUGUCUGGGCAGCAUCCAGCACCUGAAGAACCGGUUUGGAGAUGGCUACAUGAUCACGGUGAGGACCAGGAGCAGCCAGAACGUCAAGGACGUGGUGCGGUUCUUCAACCGAAACUUCCCAGAGGCGGUGCUGAAGGAGCGGCACCACACGAAGGUGCAGUACCAGCUGAAGUCGGAGCGCAUCUCGCUGGCGCAAGUGUUCAGCAAGAUGGAGCAGGUGGUGGGGGUGCUGGGCAUCGAGGACUACUCGGUCAGCCAGACCACCCUGGACAACGUGUUUGUGAACUUCGCCAAGAAGCAGAGUGACAACUUGGAGCAGCAGGAGACGGAGCCGCCCUCGGCCCUGCAGUCCCCCCUAGGCCGCCUGUUCAGCCUGUUCCGGCCGCGGCCCACACCGACCGAGCUGCGGGCACUGGUGGCCGAGGAGCCCGAGGACCUGGACACCGAGGACGAGGGCCUCAUCAGCUUCGAGGAGGAACGGGCCCAGCUCUCCUUCAACACGGACACGCUCUGCUGACCACCAGGAGCCGGCUCGUGGACACCGUGGGGGGCCAGGAGUCAGAGGGUGGCCGGGGCCCCGCUCUGUGCCCCCGGUGCCCUGCCCCCCAGGCCCCGGUGUGGGAGGUCCAGGACCAAGGGCUUCACGCCCCUCCAGCCCCCCCCUGCCCAGGCCGCCCCCCCCUCAUUGUGCCAAAGGCUGGCUGGCCCUGGACUGCGACGCCCUCACCCUGCUCUGCCUUAAAGCCCAGCUCUGCCCGGGCCCCCCCCCGGGGGCGACAUGGCUGCCAGGCACGUCGGACCCUGUCCUGGUGGGGCCUGGCUUCCCGGGCCGGCUUCUCUCUCGCACCCCGUUGGGAAAGAGGGGGGCUGCCGUGGGCCUGGGGCUGAGGGCGGGCAGGGUUAGGUCCCAGCCCGCCUCUUAUUUAUUUUGCUUUAGGCGGGGGUGCGCUCAUCCUGCUUCCGUGCUGGGGGGCCGGGGAGGGGCUGCCUAGGGGCGGCGGGCUGGAUGCCAGGAGUGGUUGUAGCCCCCUCGCCACCCCCCCCAGCUGCCCCUGCUCCCCCACCCAGCUUGGCACCCUGCCCGCCCGCCCACCUGGGCGCCAGACCUGUAUAUACUGCACAGAUGUUUGUUUUAAGUAAAUAAACAAAAAAGUCUACACAA